UGCAUGUAACACUGAAAUUAGCUAUAAAGAAAGAACAAGCAAGGCUGUGAGACACAUCAACAACAACAACAAAAACCAAAAUUUCUGGAAAGGUUCAACAAGUCUGGCAGCAUCUGUCAAGAAAAAAAUCAGAGUUAACGUUUUGGGUCCGGUGACCCUUCCUCAGUACUGUGAGAUACAUCUGUUGUCAGGAUGGGUUUUAUUUAUCAUGCAACUGCUCUUUUGGCAUUAAACGUGAAUGGUUUACUUACUGUUCUUGCAUGUUUGGAAGAGUCAAGCAGAAAUGCAACUCUUGGAGAAAGCAUCUUCCUGAAGCCAAACUACACAUAUUGUGAAAUGUGUUCAGUUGAAUGGACAUUUUCUUCAAACACAGAGAACCGUCGCAUUUCUUCUUAUCACAAAAACGAGGGACCAAUUUCUGAAACUGUCUUUAGUGCAUUCAAACACCGUGUGAACAUUGAAGAUGAUGGCUUUUUUUUACGACUUCUAUCUAUUCAAUUUAAUGAUACGGGAAAAUACACUCGAACUUUCACAGCGUCAGAUGGAAUGGAAAGCUGUGUAAGCAUAACAAUUAAUGUAUAUGCAGAGUCCGAAGUAAAGACGUUUGAGGUAAACCAGUCAAAUGCAGAAGUCCAUAGCUCAAGAAUAAUAACACACAUUUCAGCAUCAGUUGUUGGAUCCCUAUUUGGAGUGAUAAUCUUGGUUCUGAUUAUCUGGGUUGUAAUGAAAUUAACUAGAAGAAGAGUAGCAUCAGGAAAAAAAAGUUCACUAUCGAUCCAGAUGUCAUCUUAUCCAAUUUAUGGCAAUUGGAAAAACCCAACAGAUGCUUGAAAAGAAGAAUGAAAGAGACAGCCUGAUAACAUGUUUGAUUAUGUCACUUGUCUAAAUGUCGCAAAUGCAAAUGGCAUUCUUUGACAGGAAAUUUUGCAGACAAAAGUUACUGUGUGACAACAUUUAUGCAUUCAUUUUCAGUAAUCAUGUUUGUAAUUUCGUUUAGCUGGUAGUUUACCUCAUUGCUAAACCUAAACUAAGGAAUGUAUUACAAAUCACUGAAACCUGGUAAUCAGUUUUGAAUUUGAAAUACUUUAAAGUUAACUUGAACUCAUAUUGAAUAAUCUGACUGACAUACAAUAUUUACAUUUUGUUCAAUUCAGAAUAUUUAAUAUUCAGCACAAUAUUUCUUGUUACAUGCACACUAGUGCUAUAUCAGCCCAACACAGUAGUUCGCUGUUUGCAUCUGUUGCUGGAAUCACAGUUAGACAGUUUUAUUCAAGUUCAUUUUGUCUUGUUUAAAUAGCCAUCUUAUGGUGGCUAUUUAUCUGCUUUUCUUUGGUAACCUUCAGACAUCUGGCAUAGUGGGAUGGGUGUGGUGGAUGUAUGCCAUGCACUUAAUGACUUCUAUUUGCUUAAGGAAAUAAAUGAAGGGCUAGGGGAUAAGGCAUUGGGUGGGUCACAGUGGGUUUAACAUCCUCUUGCACUGUAAACACUCCAUGAUUCUGCCAACUUCAAGGUGAAUUCUAACUCAGGAAGAGAAUUGCUGAUGGGUGUGGCAGUGUGGGUAGGGUGGAGGGAGGGAGGUGUUAGCUAUGGGACUUGCAGGUGACAAACUGUUGAGCCCUCUGAGGCAUAAGUACUUGAAAUUCUGCCUCCCUGGCCUCAGUUAAACACCCUGAGUGAUAAUGCCACCCAAAGCCAGUGAGAAAGAUAUCACUGCAGACAGGUGGGAGUCAAAAUUCUUGGGUAUUUGGAGAACUGGGAAAGAAAGAUUGCUUUUAACUGCAGCAAAACUCAGGAGGUAUCGGCCAAAAAUUUGACUGUAAAUUAUUCUAGGCUUAAUUGAUAAAGUUCAGUGUGUUUCAUUUGUAACUUAUGAUUAUUUAUGUCCAUUCAGCUCACUGAACAGAAUAAUAUGCAGAAUGAGAAAGGAACUUUCAACUCAUCAGCUGAUUGUUUCUUCCAGUUACAAAAUCUGUCCUCUCCUGCAUCUUACUUCAUUUGCGCACAGAGAUACUUGUACCAAGCAAGUAAGAUUAAUAAUCUUUUGUGUUUGAAAAAAAUGCAUUAAUUAGUUCAUUUACUUUAUGCAAGCUACCAAACCCACUAAAAUAGUCUACAGGGAAAUUCCAGUCAUGAAUUCAUCAUUUCCUGCAGAAAACAGUUACAAGCCUUUGCUUUCCCUCAAGCAGCUUCUGCAAAAUUUUUACUCGGCAUCCACAAAUUUGGUAAAAUUUCCAAACUAUCACACAACACCCAAAAACAUAACAUAAGUGCAAUGUUCUCUAUUGACGCUGCAAACUCUGCUGGAUCAGCACUAAAAGAUGUUAACAAUUCCAAUCCUGGAAAACUUGGAUCAUUGAUUUUAGCAAAUUCACAUUGAUGAACUCUAAAUUGUUACUCCAUCUACUUCCACAGAAUAAAAUAUGAAUCUUUCACAACAACAGUGUUAUGACAUGGUCAUAACAUGUUUUUGAUUCAACCAAGUUGGUAACAUAGGGAAUCGUAAUGGUUUAAGACUGUAUUGAUGUACCAAUUGGUACAGUAUGGUCAGUAUUAAAAACAAGUUAGCAUGUAUUUAAAACAGUGGCUCAGUGGUUAGCACUGCUGCCUUACAGCAUUAAAGCCAAGUGACAGCUUGUAUGGAGUUUGCACAUUCUCCCUGUGUCUGCGUGAGUUUCCUCCCACAGUCCAAAGAUGUGCAGAUUAGGUGGAUUGGCCAUGCUAAAUUGCCCAUAGUGUCCAGGGAUAUGCAGGUUAGGUGGGUUAACCAUGGGAAAUGCAGGGUUAUAGGGAUUGGGUGGGAUGCUCUUUAGAGGAUCAGUGUGGACUUGAUGGGCCAAAUGGCCUGUUUCCACACAGUAGGGAUUCUGUGAUGAAAAACUUAUCCAAACAAAGAUCAUUGAGAAAUAGGUUUGAUUUUACAUACCUUUAUUUAAAAGAAAAGGAAACUAACAUACAAACAUAGUCAAGCCUGGUUUAAAAAAAACAAAUAAAAAAUGAAAAUUCCGCCAGUUAUUUAAAGUAUUUUGGUCAAGUAAAUUUUACUCUCAUUAUAAAAGGAUAAGUCACUCAUUGUCCUAAAUGGUAGUCCGUGUUUGAAGUUGUUCUGCAUCCACAAACUUCUGGUACUGGUGUUUCCUUGGAACAGUUGCAGCUGGCUGAAAUCCUUUUGCUGGAGACAGUGAGUAGAUUCCAAAAACAAAUCACUAGAAAUUCUCCAUGAAUGAUUAAACUGAUUUCAGGUGGGCUUUCAACUCAUAUUUUCCUGAGAGGUAUUGCAGACAAAGGCUACAAUGGACUAUUACUUCUCAGACAGGCCUUAACAUUUCUCCAAAGUAAGCAAGAACUACGGAUGCUGAAGAUCUGAAACAAAAGAAUCUCUUGAAGAGUCACUGGACUGGAAAUGUUAACUCUGCUUUCUCUCCACAGAUGUUGCUAGACUGGCGGAGUUUCUCCAGAAGUUUGCUUUUUCUUCCCCCUCAAAUUUUCUGAGUUCAAACUAUAACAGUUUUAUUCAACCCACAAACUAGGCCUUUUUUAAAAAAAUGUUUUCCAAAGUAAGAAGACAUCCAAGCUAUCUGUUCCUUUCAGCUACAAAGUUGAUAUUAUUGUUACCUCUGCCUUCUCUUUCACAAAGUGUCCUUUGUUUAAAGGUUCAACAUAAAGUUUUAUUAGUCCAUAUGAUCUUUUUAAAAAUAUUUUUGUAUAACAUCUUUUCUUAAAGGUGAUUUGGAUGGUGUUUGAAAUAUUGAUUAUUUCCAACAAAGCUAAUUUCCAUAACAUUUUGGAUAAACAUCUCUCGCUAAAACAAAAUGUGAUACCAAUCUUGUGUAUUAUGGCUUUUAUCUGUUAAGUUUACAAUUCAACCAAAAUAAAAAGAAAAUGAACUUGACUGGGUAUCUAAUCCAACUUGUGUUUGGUGGAUUUGAAGCAGUAACAGCUCUGUAUGAAGGCAUAAGUACACUUUUUACUUUAAAACAGUAAAACAAUGAAAAUAGUGCUGAGAUGAUAUUUUCAACAUUUUGCACCAUUCUGGUGAACCGAAUUUGCAUGUUUUCUUUCAUGUGGAGGAUACAUCCUUGUUAAUUACACCUGGAGAGACAAAUAAAUUAACAAUAUGAAUAAAGCAGAAUGAAUCCUGGGUUGAGCUACUUAAAGGAUCAAAGAAUAUAUUGUA